CACUCCAGGAUGUCUCUCCUCUGGGGUGUCCUCUCUCAGGUGCUCAGCUGGGCCAACCUCUGUCAGCUCCUGCAGAUGGUUGGUGCAGGACUGGUUGCAGUGGCUGUAGUUUGGAUGGUGAGGUUGCUGCUGCGUCACACCUGGUACACAUACAAGCUGUCCUGCUUCAGCAAGCCACAUGCAGACUCUUGGCUGAUAGGCCACCUGGGCCAGAUGCAGAGCACAGAAGAAGGGCUCCUGCAGGUGGAUAACCUGGUGCAGACACACAAACACUCCUGCAGCUGGUUCCUCGGCCCUUUCUAUCACCUGGUCAGAGUCUUCCACCCCGACUUUGUCAAACCUCUGCUAAUGGCACCUGCCAGUAUAACAGUGAAAGAUGAUCUUAUCUAUGCACAUCUGCGUCCAUGGCUUGGACAAAGUCUGUUGAUAAGCAAUGGGGAGGAGUGGUCUCGCAGGAGGCGGCUGCUGAAUCCGGCUUUUCAUUUUGAUGUUCUGAAGAACUACGUUACCAUGUUUAACACGUCAGCUAACAUCAUGCAUGACAAAUGGCGCCACCUGGUGGCAGAAGGCUUGACUACUAUAGAGAUGUUUGACCACGUCUCUCUGAUGACCCUGGACAGUUUACUGAAAUGUGCCUUUAGCUACAACAGCAACUGUCAGGAGUCUACCAGUGACUAUGUGUCAGCCAUUGUGGAGCUCAGUGACUUGGUAAUAGACCGACGGCACAACAUUUUACACCACUGGGACUGGAUCUACUGGAAAACACAGCAGGGAAGACGAUUCAAAAAGGCCUUAAGUAUUGUACACAGGUUCACAAGGGAAGUGAUUCAGAAACACCGUGCUGUCAUUAGCCAGCAGAUGAAGACAGAAACACAGUCUGAUUUCACCACAACACCACAGAAGAAGAAAGAUUUUGCAGACAUCAUACUGCUUUCAAAGGAUGAGGAUGGUAAAGGACUAACAGAUGAGGAGAUACUAGCUGAGGCCAACACCUUCAUGUUUGCAGGGCAUGACACAACAGCCAGUGCGAUUUGCUGGAUACUGUAUAAUUUAGCAUGCCACGCCCACUAUCAGGAAAAAUGCAGGGAGGAAGUGGUGGAUCUGAUGCAAGGACGAGAUGAACACAAAAUAGAGUGGGAGGAUCUGUGCAAUCUUCCCUUCACCACCAUGUGCAUCAGAGAAAGCCUUAGACUCCACUCUCCUGUACAGGCUGUAACAAGGAAAUACACCCAGGAUGUGGCACUGCCAGGGGGCCGCACAGUACCACAAGGUGCUAUCUGUCUGGUCAGCCUUUAUGGAACUCACCACAACCCUGCUGUUUGGACAAACCCACAUGAGUUCAAUCCUAUGCGUUUUGACCCGACUAACAAAGAGGCCCGGGCUUCUCAUGCCUUCAUCCCCUUUUCCUCAGGCCCCAGGAACUGCAUCGGUCAGAAGUUCGCCCUGGCAGAGCUGCGAGUCGUUGUGGCAUUGACCCUGCUCAGGUUUCGUUUGACCCCUGGGGUGAACCCCGGGACAUGCCAGGGAGGUGUUCGCCGUCUCCCUCUCCUUGUGCUACGAGCUGAGGGAGGCCUGUGGCUGCAGCUGGAGACUCUGAACACAACCAGCCUGGAGGAUCCGCAGGAUUAAUGAUCCAACAUGAUGACUUAUUCACUUGUUUUAUUAUAAAAUUACAAAAACGCAGAAGCUCUGGCUGCACAUGUGGCAGUUUACUAUUCUUGUCAAUAGAUGUAUGUUUACUAUAUUGAUUCUGAAUGCAUUUGUGUUGCUGGGUUACAUGGUUCUUUUAUUAUCAUUAUCACUGCAUUACUGAAUUAUUAAGUUUGGUUUAAAUAAAGGCUGAGUUUUCAAAAAAGUAUCCUCAUCCUUAAACUUAUCUUCAUGGUAAAAGCGGGUUUUUAAGAUAAAGUAAGGCUGAAAAAACUGUUACUUGUAGGACCUGGUACACAGAGUCUGAAUG